UAUAUCAUUUAGUAUACAACAAUAAAUAAAACAUAAAUGAAACAAUUAUAUAAAUACAAGUACUAAUUUUUCUUACAAAAUGGUUAAAAGUAUUACAAAAAUCCGUGAUAUUUCGUGGAGAUUUGGUGUAACUGCAGCAAGUAAUGAAUCUGACAACAUGGGAAAAUCAUUUCUGCAACUAAAAUUAAGUUUAGAAGAAAAUGGCAAAACUAGAAAUGUUUUUGUAGAAAUGACAAUAAGUGAAUUUUAUAAAUUUCUACAUGAUCUAGAAAAAGCAAAUUGUAAUCUCGAUUUGUUACUUUGAA